AUGUUCCGACAAAUUCUUGUCAAUCCGCUCGAUGCCGAUUUUCAACGUAUUCUUUGGCGCCCGUCCAGCGACAAGCCGGUCGCACAUUUCCGACUCCUGACAGUGACGUACGGACUCGCUCCCGCUCCUUAUCUAGCGAUGCGCGUUCUGAAGCAGUUGUCACUGGACGAGAGAUCUGACUAUCCAGCGGCUGUCCCGAUACUACGCGACUCCGUCUACGUCGACGACACUCUGUUCGGCGCUGACGACGCCACGUCGCUAAUUGAAUGUCGCGAACAAUUGACAGCGCUACUUCUACGGGGUGGCUUUCAGUUGCGAAAAUGGGCGUCGAAUUCGCUUGACCUUCUUCGUAAUCUAGCUGCUAGUCAAACUGACAUGAGAAAUCAUCUCCUGCAAGACGAGACUCUUAAAGUGCUCGGAAUUUCGUGGCUUCCCCACGAUGACGCUUUUCGUUUUCUGGUGGAUACUUCGUCACCGGUCACUCCAACGAAGCGUUCCAUCCUCUCGGUCAUCGCUCGGUUAUAUGACCCCCUCGGCUGGGCCGCCCCUGUCGUCAUUGUAGCAAAAAUCCUCUUACAGGAGUUGUGGUUAGUCAAGUGUGAUUGGGAUACCCCCCUUCCUGACGAACUCGGUCACAGGUGGGUGGCGUAUUACGAUAACUUAGAUAAUUUGAAUAGCAUCUGGAUCCCUCGGUGGACCGGUAGACGAGGUACCGACCUCGCCUUUGAAUUACAUGGAUUCGCGGAUGCCUCGAAUCGGGUUUACGCUGCCGUCGUAUACAUUCGGGUUCUUCGCACUCAGACUGACUCUCAAGUCUGUCUACUCGCCGCGAAAAAUUAA